ACGUACUACUUGAGGUCCUUCUAGUUGAGGCGGCUAGUUCGUGCUCACCAGAGCCCACUCCCGCAGUGAAUUUGACAUAAUUCUUGCCCAUUCGCAGUACAAGAGAUCUUAUUUCCCCAAGUAUUUUUGACCAUAUUGACUAAAUGGAGGAGGUAGAUGUAGAGCCAACAAUUACUUUCAUCCCAGGAGUAAACUCGCAACAAAACCACCUUGGCUUCGUAUGGGGACCCGGAGACAUCCUAGUGUAUGAGACAAGUCACAAAGCCGCAGGUAAACAACCACUGGGACCGAGCUGUCAAGAUGUCCAGGUGGUGAGGAAAGAUGAGGACAUAUAUUCCCCAAUUUUGCGCAAGCUUUUCAAUGAGUCCCAUCACAUCUUUGUUGGACUACAGAAUAUCAGAGAUGAUUUACCAAGCAAAAACAAAAAGCCCCAAUUUGUCAGUAUCAGUAAAAACUAUAGGUCGGUUAUAAGAGCCUGCAUGGAAGAGCUCCAACAAAUUGCAGUGUCAACACGAGACCUUGCACUUGCUGCGCAGUAUGGCAACCAGGUGUCUAUUCUUCUGGCUGUGGAACUCAUAUGGAACCUCUGUGAGGUGCUGUUCAUUGACGCCGCUCCAGCUGGCUCCUUGCUGCUGCAUCUGUUGGACUGGGUGCGGCUCCACAAGGCGGAGGUGGAUGAGAAGGCCAGGGACGUCCUGCGCUGUGAAAGUCCCACUCGCCACCAGUUUUUCUGGGAUGUGGUAAUUAGCUUUGUGCUGCAGGGGAGGAUGGAGGAGGCUCGGUCUAUGCUAGCCAAACAGGCCGCACUGCAGCCCGCUGCACAGACCAUGUUCAAGCGCAUGGACAACCUACUUCUGAAGAUGCCCAUUUACAACCCCAGCAGCACACAGACGCUGACGGAGUUCGAGGUGAAGUGGAGGCAGUGGCAUGAGGAGUGUGACGCCUGCUUGCAGGAUAGCUCCUUUGCCAGCAACCCCCACCUGGAGACCAUUUGUAAGAUCCUGGUGGGUGAUGAUGACACGCUCCUGGAGCACAAGGAGCUGCUGAGCACCUGGUAUCACUACGUGGUGACCAGACUACUCUACACUCACCCCACAGUCAAGCCCAUCGACCUACACUACUACGCACAGAUGUGCAUGGACAGGUUUCUGGACUCCCGGAGUCCCCCUGAGCCCCUGGACAGUAUUCUUCUUGCAGCUUUUGAGUUUGACCUUCACCAGGUCAUAAAAGACUGCAGCAUUGCUCUCAACAACUGGUGGUUUGUGGCCCACUUAACUGACCUAUUGGAUCACUGCAAGCUGCUGCAGUCUCACAACCUACACUUUGGCUCCAACCUGAGGGAGUUUCUGCUCCUGGAGUACGCCUCGGGUCUGUUCACACAUCACAGUCUGUGGCAACUGGCGGUGGACUAUUUCGACCACUGCCAGGGAUUUGGGAGGGUGUACCUGGAGCUGCUCAUUGAGCGUGUGCCCCUGGACACGGAGCGGAAGGCCCUGAAGGUGCUGCGCAUCUGUGAGAAGAGGCAGAUGAACGAGCAGGUGCGGAGCAUCUGUAAGAUCAUGGCCAAGCGGGCGCUCCGGAACAACCGGCUCGGCUCUGCCCUGUCCUGGAGCAUCCGGGCCAAAGAUGCUGCCUUCGCCACGCUCAUUUCAGAAAGGUUCCUUCAGGACUACUGCUCCCGCGGAACGUUCUCCGACCUGGACCUGAUUGACAACCUGGGGCCAGCUAUGCUGCUGAGUGACAGGCUCACCUUCCUUGGUAAGUACCGGGAGUUCCACAGGCUGUAUGGAGAGAAGCGCUUCACGGAGGCCGCCAAGCUCCUGCUGUCCCUCAUGACUGCUAAGAUAGCCCCUCAGAGCUUCUGGAUGACCCUGCUUAUCGAUGCCCUGCCGCUGCUCGAACAGAAAGAGGUGAUCUUCUCAGUGGACCAAACACAUGAGCUUAUGUUCUGCUUGGAGGAGCUGACCUCUGGAAAGGCCCAGCCAAACCCUGACCGACCCAUGCAGGAGGAAGACCUUGAGACGACAAAGAUUGAGCUCCUCAGGUUGGCGCUGGCUCGGAACCUCGCCAUGGCAAUUGUGAAGGAGGGAACAGUGGAGGUCUGAAGCAGGCUGAAGUCCAGGCAGCGUUGUGUCUGUUAUUUGUAUGUCUGGGUUUUUUUUGUACUUUGUGUAUAUAGAUAAUAAGGGCUGAGAUUGCGAAAUUUCCUUGAUAAUAAAAAUGCACAAUGUUUGUAUACAUUUGUAAGAGA